AUUCGCUCUCUUUCUGAAUAAUAAUACCACUGAUAAUAAUCCAGGUUAUUUUUUUAUUUUUUUUCUUUCUGCAAUUUUAUACAUUUAUAUUUUUAAGACACAACUCGAAAUGAAAAUACAUUGUGACCUUAAUAUACCAUGCUCAGGUCAUCUUGAUCGUACAGCAAUAGACAAACUAAAAUUAAUAUUAUCUCAACUAACACAAUUGAAUGAGUGUGCAGUUGCUUUAAACUAUAAGAUGGAAGGAUUUAAUAAAAACAAUAUACCCAGACUAUUAGACACAAAUAUAAUCAAUCCUGCAAGUUUUAACUCCAACUAUUCCUUAAAAAUCUAUACACGAAUUACAAUCGACACAAAUGAGCCUAUUCAUAAUGAAGACUUGAUGAUGUUAAGACAGAAAUUUGAUCUUAUUGCACUUCGAACAAAUAAUUUAAAAGUUUUUCAAGAUGCAUGUCAUAUUUAUAACAUUGAUAUUAUCUCGCUUCAUUGUGAUGAACGCUUAGCCUUCGAGUUAAAAUCCAUUGAUAUAAAACAAGCAUUGAAAAGAAAGAUUUACUUUGAAUUAUGCUAUGCGCCAGCUAUUAGAGAUAAUCAAUCUAGAUCUUUUACAAUACAACUUGCAAAACAGUUGUAUGAAUAUACUCUUGGUGAUAAUAUGAUUAUAUCAAGUGAAGCAGAAAUUGUAUCAGAAAUACGUUCUCCAGGAUCUAUAUUCUAUUUUGCAAAAUCAAUUGGAUUGCCUAAUGAUAAGGCUAAAUUUACUACAGAGAAGCAUUGUCAACAAUUAUUAAACAAAAUAAAGCAAUAAA